UUUUCAUGAAAUUUUGCAGUUUACUCAGUUGACAGCAUGAAUCCGUGGCUGGAAUCUGAGUCGCACAAAAACAGUGAUUUCACAACGGAGAUCGGCUUCGAAGAUAACUUCCAACCAGCCAGUGAACGUCUCCCAGACUCCCAGGAGUACCUCGACAGAUUAGAAUCCAAAUUGAGACGCAUUAAGAAGGAUCCCAGUGUCCUCAGGCAGUUGGCUGAGAAGCGUGAAGCUUGCUUGCAGAGUCUCCUUGUUGACUGUGACAGUGGUGUCCAGGAAAAUCGAGAAAUUGAUCUCAAUCUCGACGCUCCAGUGUCUAACACGGAUUUCCGGCCAGCUCAGGAGAUUGCUAGGUUUUUGCAUCCUGAACAGGCUCUGUCGGUGGGAGAGGUGGUGCAUCUGGUGAAGCACGAUCAUUUGCAGGUGGAGAGUGAGGAGGAGGAGCAGCCGAAGGAGGCCGAGGCGGAAACUUCUGACGGGAGUCGCUAAAUCUUGGGUAAAGAAUGAGUUCCUUGGCGGUGGAUCUCAAUAGGGUGGGAUUUUUGUUGGUCACUGGGGCUUCUAGGGGCAUUGGUCAGACUAUGGCUGUUGAAUGUGCCAAAGAAUUGAAGCCAGGUAGUUUGGUUCUUCUCCUAGCCCGAUCAGCUGCCGGUUUGGAGGAGACUCGUGCUCAAAUCUUGCGAGAGAAUGAUCGAGUGACCAUUGUUACGGCUUCGGUGGAUCUCACGGAACCCUCAAAGGAGGAACUGGAGGGAAUUAUUGGGAAAUCUCUUGCCAAUAGCUCAAAGGAGUCUUUUGAAUUUGCCCUGGCCAUUCACAAUGUUGGUACCUUGGGGGAUGUGACUAAGUGGGCAGGUGAUCUGGAUACUCAAGGCAUCUGGAGGGAGCACUUUGCCAUGAAUGUCUUCUCUGUGGCUCUCCUUAAUUGUGUUUUCCUGGCGACCUUCGAGAAGCAUCAGAAAGUUGUUGUUAAUGUCACUUCCAAGGCUGCCCUUGAACCCUUUUCCAGCAUGUCUCUCUACUGUAGCUCUCGUGCUGCCCGGGAGAUGUACUUCCGUUGCCUGGCGGCGGAGAAUCCUUCCAUUGUCGUGCUUAACUAUUCUCCGGGACCCGUUGACACGGACAUGGCAGAGGAAAUCCGUACAAAUUCCAUCGAUGCUCAAUUGAAAAGCACCAUGACGAAUCUCUUCACGGAUGGGAAGCUAGUGACUCGUUCCCAGACCACCAAGAAGUUCCUUCAGGUGCUGAAGGAGGGAAACUUCACUUCUGGAGCCCAUGUUGAUUUUUACGAUUAAUUCCGGAAUUCCGGAGGGAACAAAAAUCAUUCCAAUCUUUGUAGAAACUUCCUUUUGUUUUUGUAGAAUACACGGCAUUUUCCUAGCUCAAA